UUGAUUUGGUAUUUUUGCUAGUUAAACUGACACUGCUUCUAGAAAUUCCUCUUUGCUUCUGCUCACAUUCAAAUAUUUAUUAUAGAAUUUUUAUGUGGCCUCUGCUUUAGUAUGUUACAUAACUUCUUCUAAGCACCUCAUGUUGAAGAACUUGGUUUUGUUCAGUUGAGAAUGGAUAGGAGUUGGAUGCGAGCAGCAAGGUCUUCCGCCAAGUAUUCUGAAGGAACUAGCAACUUCAUAAAAUUUGCUUUUCGUACGUCAGCAAAAAGUAAUAGGAUUCUCUGCCCUUGCAAGAUAUGUGUAAACUCUCAUUGGUUAGGUGAACUUGAAGUCUAUGAUCAUUUGAUUUAUGAUGGAUUCAUGGCUGGAUAUACCACAUGGAUUCAUCAUGGAGAAAGUAUGCGGCCCUCCGAAACAACUUCAGGUCCUAGUUCACAGUUUGAAGAAUAUGCUGAUAGUGAUGAGAUGGAUGAGAUGCUACUGGAAGGAUUCGGGAUGUAUGAUACUCGUACUUUAGGAGAGGAGCAAGAGUCUGAAGAUGACUUGGACGAUGAUGCUGAAGCAUACUAUAGAUUAGUUAAUGAUGGGCGCCAAGAGCUGUACCCAGGUUGCAAAAGAUUCUCGAAGCUGCAUUUUUUGGUGAGGUUGCUUCACAUCAAGAAUAUGAGGGGAAUGAGCAAUGUCUGCUUUGAUGAGGUAUUGAUGCUAAUUAAGGAGGCACUUCCAGAAGGUGAGGCCUUGCCCAAAAAUUUUCAUGGGGCCAAAAAGUUUGUGAGAGCCAUUGGUAUUGGAUAUAAUAGUAUAGAUGCAUGCAAAAACGAUUGCAUUCUAUUUAGGAAGGAACAUGCUGAUGCCAUAUCAUGUCCAGUGUGUGGCACAAGUAGAUGGAAGAGCGUAAAUACUGGAGUUGAUGGAAGGCGUGUCCACAAGGUGCCUCAAAAGGUGGUUCGUCAUUUCCCGCUAAAGAAGAGACUCCAAAGGUUGUUCGCUUCUACAAAGACGGCAUCAGAUAUGAGGUGGCACAGCGAAGGCCGCACAAAGGACGGCUUGAUACGACACCCAGCUGGUUCACCUGCAUGGAAACACUUUGAUGCUAUUCACAAAGACUUCAGUUCAGAAGUUUGCAUUGUUAGAUUUGGAUUGGGAGCUGAUGGUUUCAACCCUUUUGGAAAUAUGAAUCUCUCAUAUAGCAUAUGGCCUAUCAUCUUGAUCCCCUACAACCUUCCUCCAUGGAUUUGUAUGAAGCAAUCAAACUUUAUCCUCUCUGUCAUCAUUCCUGGUAAAAAAUCUCCAGGGAAAGGCAUGGAUGUUUACAUGCAGCUGACCAUAGACGAUCUUCUGGAGCUUUGGAAUGAUGGAGUCUGGACUUAUGAUGCCUCUCGAUCUAAGAAGUUUCUCUUACGCGCCGCACUACUAUGGACAAUAAGUGAUUGGCCUGGGCGUGGAUCUUUGUCUGGAGAAAAUAUAGCAGUUUGCUCCCAUUGUCUAUCAGAGACAUGCUCUCUUUGGUUAAAGACUGGACACAAGAAAUGCUAUAUGGGACAUCGCAGAUUCUUGGAACCUAAUCACGAGUUUCGAUUUGAUGCUGAGUCAUUUGAUGGUUUUGAGGAACAUCGAGAGCCUCCCGUUCCCCUUUCAUCACAUGAAAUUUCAAUAUUGACAAAGGACAUGAAAACUACAUACGGGAAACUGCAGCAGAAGAGCAGCAGGAAGCGACACCAUAAUCAGGUAGAUGAGAAUGAUACAAGCGUGCAGCAAGACACUUCAAUAUUCAGAAAGAGAAGUUGCUUCUUUCAGCUGCCAUACUAG